GCAGGUCAGAUUGGUAUGUUCGUGCGCGUUCGCUCGCUCGUUGUACUUGCUUCUCGAUUCGCGCUUGCGCUCACGUUGCAUGUUUCUUCUCUUUCGGAAAAAUUUUUUCGGAGAAAUUACUUUUAAUUAUCAACAAUAGGACGGCGGAUGACCAUCAAUAUAUCGAUCUGGUGAACGCAACGAUCUCGAUCAAUCUGUCGCGAAUCUCAUUGCUUGGAUUCGUCGUUCACCUGUAUUAGCAAUAUUCUGAUCUACGUUUGCUUGCUGUGGAAAGUGCCGUUAGAGUAACCCUAGACUGAACCAUACACGAAUAAACGCUAACUUCGCUCGCAACAUUGCCCUACGUGAAAAUAAAGAAUUUCCAAUCUUGGUUGUCGUUAUUGUCGAUCAUUGACCCGAUUACGUGUGCCCUCACCGUUUCAACUUGGUUGAAAUGUUCUGCGCACGAUCAUCGAGAGAAGAAACGCAACGAAGCCGGAGAUGUAAGUUUCUGUUCGUGUGAGACGCAAGAAGAACGAUCGAAUUGAAACGCGCCAAUGAGCUAUGAUAUCCGUCCUUGAAGAUUCAAGCACGUUCGGCAUGGGAUGCGUUGCAACUCUUUCGGCCGGCUAGUCACGAAGUAAUAACCUCGAUACUUGUAUGAUAUUGUUGUGGCGCUUCGAGGAAGAUAACACUGCAAGAAAGAGAGAAGGGGGAGAGGGGAGAGAAAGAGAGAGAGAGAGAGAGAGAGAAAGAAGAAGAGAGAGAGAGAGAGAGUGGGAGGGAGGGGGGAGGGGUCGGCGCGUUCUUUAAUGGAUGAUCCUGGUUGCAUUCUGUCGGCUGCAAGUCGUCGUAUGCGAGGAAAACGAGAUUCGAGAGAAGGAAGAGAGACCUUGAAAUCCUUUGGCUGUUGCGAGGGUUUUAUGGUCAUAUGAGAAGGUGCACUAGAACAUUCUUGGGCUUUUCGAAAUGGUUCGGCAAUAUCUGUUGUUCGCUCUGCUCGUUUCGACGCGUUCAGAAUGAUGGAUUAAAGUCAGUGAGCGACACGUUGUGUGGUGAGAUUGAUGCAAGAUUAAUCUCUCGGUGAUAUGUAUCUAAAUGCAUCAGUGAAUUGUUCUGAAUAGCGCAGAGAAACUGAAAUAUGAAUGAAUAGAGACGACAGUGUAUUGGUGAUAGUGGUAAAAAAUCAGAGAUGUCGCGAAUUUCAAACCGCAUCGCCACGAUCGGCGCGACCGUCGCUAUCAUAUUGCUCGUGAUACUACUGAUAGUCUUGUGGUCGGACGUGCGUAAUGUGGAUAAAAUCGAGAAUCUCAGUCAAAUGCGGAAGAAUUUAUCAAUUAAUAACAAUAUUGAUGAGACGCAACAAAGGCAGAUCAGCGGUUCGCGCGUUGCCACGACAGAUUUGAUUAUGUCGAUCGAAUCGAUUGAGCAGAAUUAUACAAACGAAGUGCUUUCCGAGAGUACACAAAAGAGUGCGAAGAACUCUAAUGAUACAUCAUCGAUCAAUGUAUUGUCAUAUACUAAAGACAAUCUGGAAUACAUCAAGCCGUUAAAAAUUAGUCAAAAUCAAUAUGAAGAUCCACCCGAGAAAUAUUCUACGGCAAAGAGGCAUCACAGUGGUCACUUUCGGCACACGUCGGCCGAAGUCUGGGAUCCUCAUCCGCAAUACGAAUUCACCGCCUUCGGCAGACGAUUUCGACUGCGAUUAGCACACGACGCUAGUUUCGUAUCUCCUGACAUAAAAGUGACACACAUGAGCGAGAACGUAACAAGCCGGGAAAAAGCCGAUCAUCACUUAGGCUGUUUCUACAGCGGUUCAGUCGACGGUGAUCUAAAUUCCGCUGUCAGUGUCAGUCUUUGUCAUGGAAUGACUGGUCAUAUGAAGACAUCAAUGGGAAAUUAUUUUAUUAAACCUACUGAACAAUGGCGUGAAGGUGACAAAGACUCCCUUGGAUCAUCACUGCAGCACGCAAUCUACCGUGUAUCUUCGCCAUCGUCCAAUCUGAAUAAUGAUUCUAACUUCGGAGAUCAAGUUAAGAAUCGCAACUGCGGUGUGAUAGAUUACGAUCUGGACGACACUUCCUCGCUAUUGAUGGGCAAUAAUUCGGCGCAUAAAAUUUACGUCGGUUCGCGAGAGCGUAGAUCAUUAACAAGAAAAAUCAUGUCGUCGGAACAGUUUUUCAAAAAGGAGGACAAAGAAUACGAACGGUUAAUCGAGCAAAGCGGACAUCAGGAUUUUUUUCAAGGAAUGGACAAUGAUGAAAGACAUUAUGGCAUAAAUGGAAGGACGAUAGAACGUGAAAGCUAUCAAAACGAGGAUUACGUACAGGACUCAGAGAUGGAUGCAAAUCCCUUCGUGACGUGGAGACCGCGGCGAGCUUUACCACGUGAAUACUUCAUCGAGGUAAUGGUAGUAGCCGAUAAGAAGAUGGUGGAGUAUCACGGCAACAGUUUGAUCAGCUACAUUCUUGUAUUGAUGAGCACGGUUUCACGAAUUUACAAGGACCAAUCUAUUGGCAAUCCAGUCAGCAUAGCUGUGAUGAAGAUCAUCAAAAUUAACGAGGUAUUUGGUGUCAAACAUAGUGGAAGCGACGGGAUUGCAGCAGCCGAAAUGUUGAAGCAAUUCUGCCAAUGGCAGAAGCGCAACAAUCCAGACGAGCCCUCCCCAGAACAUCAUGACGUCGCGCUUCUUUUAACUAGAGAAAAUUUGUGUCACAAUCCGCGUCAAAAGCGUUGUGACACUUUGGGUCUGGCCGAGCUGGGUAGAAUGUGCUCACCAGGAUCUUCAUGCGCAAUUGUGCAGGAUAAUGGAUUAGCCGCAGCGUUUACCAUUGCGCACGAAAUUGGUCACGUACUCAACAUGCCGCAUGACGACGAUGCCAAAUGCACAGGUUUCAGGAAUCGUUCCGGUGUGCACAAUAUAAUGUCUCGCAUGCUGGAUGAUAACACUUUUCCCUGGGAAUGGUCCAGGUGUUCCCGACACUACGUCACCGAGUUUCUGGAAGCCGGAUAUGCCAAUUGCUUGUUAGAUGAACCACACAAAAUGAUGGAGAGACAAGACGGUCGACUGCCUGGCGAGGAUUACUCGGAGAACAAGCAGUGUGAACUUGUUUUCGGGCAAGGAUCCAGGAUCUGUCCUCACAUGGUGAGUGAUGUGUGUAAGAGACUAUGGUGCACUGCGCCAUUGUGGGAUCAGCAUCAACAGUGUCACACUCAGCACAUGCCCUGGGCCGACGGCACGGCAUGUGGCGUCGACAAGUGGUGUCAUCGUGGGGAAUGCGUCUCACGCCGAAACCUUGAGCCAGUGCACGGUCAAUGGGGUGAAUGGGGACGUUACGGCGAAUGCUCGCGCACCUGCGGUGGCGGCAUCAAGAAGAAGUACCGUGAGUGCGACAAUCCACCACCUAGGAACGGUGGCAAUUACUGUAUCGGUGAACGCGUCAAGUACCGCAGUUGUGGCGUCAAGGAAUGCCCGCCAGAUAACCCGGAUUUUAGAGAAAAACAGUGUUCAGAAUUCGACAACAACAACUUCAACAUUCAAAAUCUUGCAACUGAUGUUAAGUGGCACGCAAAAUAUACCAGAAUACUGUCGCAGGAUCGUUGCAAAUUGUACUGCCAAGUGGAGAGCAAUCAGUAUUACAUGCUGCGCGAUAAAGUAAUCGACGGCACACCUUGUGGCCCCGACACUUUCCACAUAUGUGUUAACGGUCACUGCAAACCGGCUGGAUGCGAUCAUGCCUUGAACUCAACGGCUGAACUGGACACCUGCGGAGUCUGUAGAGGCGACAAUUCUACCUGUCAAAGGAUUGCGGGUUCCUACAAUGCUAGCAUGUACGGUUAUACAAAAGUGGCUAAAAUCCCCGCUGGAAGCAGCUACAUCGAUAUCAGACAACAUGGAUGGCUGGAGUCUCACAAUGACAGUAAUUACCUUGCGUUACGAAUUGAAGAAAAUGGUGAAUACAUCUUAAACGGCAACUUUAUGGUGAUGCACCGUAAAGUGAUCGUGCAUCCGGGCAUAACUAUUGAAUACAGCGGACCGGAUUUGGUCGUAGAACGUCUGAACAGUUCUCGGCCCACUGCAAUUGAUUUAAUUUUAGAGGUAUUGUCCGUAGGGAAUGUGUACCCACCACAGAUCACGUACGAGUAUACCGUACCGAAAAAAAUCUUGGACAACUAUACAUGGCUGCUCAGUGACUGGUCAGCAUGUAAUCGAAUGUGCCAGGGUAUGAAAUAUCGUAAGGCCAAAUGUAGAAGCACUGAGUACAACGACAUAGUGCCCGACGAUUAUUGUAAAGUCGAGAAAAAGCCGAAGGAAGAGAGCGAGAUAUGCAACGCGCAUUGCAUGCUCCAGUGGCAAGUGACAUCCGUUUCCGAAUGUUCGAGUUACUGCGGGCCUGGCAUACAAACCAUUACCUCGCGAUGCAUUCAGAUCGUGUUAGAUUCGUUACAUCCACCACGGUCAAUACCGGCACACGCAUGCUUGCAUAUUGAAAAACCGAAUGAGCAUCAAGCAUGCGAAGGCCCGUGCGAUUAUGCUCAUUGGAGUUACAGCGAAUGGAAUACCUGUAGUGUUUCGUGCGGCGGCGGUGUGCAAUUAAGAAGCGCAAUAUGCGUUGAUUCAAACGAGCGACCUGUACGAGAUGAAAAUUGCGCCCGACAGGAAAAGCAUCUCAAGAAAAUAUGUAGUCAAGAGGCGUGUCCAAAGUGGGAUUUGGGAGAAUGGAGUCAUUGUUCCGUGACGUGCGGCAUGGGAAAACGGCACAAGGCUUUCUGGUGCCAAGUCGAAAAUCGCGUAGUAUCGCGCUUCUUCUGCAACGGUACGCCGACUGGGACAACGGAGGUCUGUGAUGCUGGUCCUUGUCAUCAGUGGCAUGCCGGCGACUGGAGUCCGUGCUCUGUGACGUGCGGCGAAGGAACAAUCCGAAGAAAAGUUGUUUGCAAAAAUGCCGAUGGCACGACGAGCAACGAAUGCCCCAUUUCCGAAAAACCAAAGGAUUUAGCUACGUGUACAUUGAAAUCAUGCCCCAGUAUCGUGAACUUGCCGUCGACAACGUAUUCAUCCAAUUCUCCGCGUGAAGAUUCCUUUCAACAAGACAACGAAAUUGACAGUAACGGCAUUACGUUCCACUCACGUUACAAAUGGCAUGUGGGAUCUUACGGAGAGUGCUCACAAAAAUGCAAUACCGGAUACAAAAGCAGGAUAGUGAAGUGUAUCUCAUCGGGAACAGGACUGUUUGCGCCAGAUUAUUACUGCGACUUCCAUCAACAACCAGUAGUUAGGAUUACGUGCAAUCGUCAUUCGUGUCCAACUUGGAAAAUCGGCAACUGGAGCGAGUGCAACGUGGAUUGCGGCAGUGGCAUCCAGCAUCGCCAAGUUCGUUGCAAAAGUCAUCACGGUGAAAUUCUACCAGAUAAGGAAUGUAUCGACGAACGACCGAAAUAUACGCAAAGAUGUCAGAGAGAAUCUUGCAAGAGCAAUUUCAGCAGUGAAAAUAAUUUGGAAUCGAACAUUGUCCGAAAAUGGAAAAUAUCCAACUGGACUCCUUGUUCAAAAUCGUGUGGCACCGGGAUUCAGACGCGAAGAGUGGAGUGUACAAUGAGAAGAGGCAGUCAUGGGCCGGAAAUACCUGUCAAGGACGAACAGUGUUCGAGAUUGAAAUCGCGCAAACCGAAAUUACAGAGAUUGUGCCAACACGUUGCUUGCGAUUAUAUCUGGCAGGAAGGCACCUGGUCGGAGUGUUCGGCAGAAUGUGGAGAAGGAAUACAACAUCGUACAGUCACUUGCCACCGAGUAAAUCACUACGGAUGGAUCGAUCCCACCCCAACUGAAGGCUGUCCAAUAGAUCAAAGGCCGAUCGAGGAACAGAUUUGUAAACUACGCGAAUGUAAUGACGAACAUUAUUGGACUGCUGGCUCUUGGAGAAAAUGUACUCAUCCAUGUGGACGUAAAGGUAGACAAAUCCGUAAACUUUAUUGUCACGAUGCAGUUGGCAUAAAAGUUGCACGAUCUCACUGUUCAACUGAGUACAAGCCUCAACGGAAGCGCAAGUGUAAUCAAAGGAGAUGCGGUCCGGUUAGUUGUCUUGAAAUUAGAAGACGACUAAAAACUAGCACAGACGGUGAAUAUCGGUUGUUAAUUGGCGGAAGAAAUAUGACGAUUUAUUGUCACGGAAUGUCGAGCAUUGAACCGCGGGAAUACCUAACACUGCCAGCAGGUGAUAAUGAGAAUUAUGCGGAGAUUUACGACAAGAGGUUAAAAAAUCCACAUGUGUGCCCGUUCCAUGGUCAGAGGAAUGAUAGUUGCAACUGCGUAUCCGACUUGGGAACAGUAUCUGGCAAAACAAUGUUUAAGAGAGUACGCAUUGAUCCUGCUAGAUUACAUAUUAUAGCAAACGAUUAUACAUUUUCAUGGACAAAGGGUAUGAAGCGUGUGGAGUAUGGCAAAGCUGGUGAUUGCUACAGUCUUACCAAAUGUCCGCAAGGUAGUUUUAGUAUCGAUUUAAGAGGAACGGCCUUGAGAUUAUCACCAGAAGUUACAUGGAUUACAGAAACUACAAGCGCUUCUAUUGUGAUCAACGAAAUUAGCAGCCAGCGAAUCAUCGGUAAAUGCGGCGGCUAUUGUGGUUUCUGCAAACCGAAGACGGGCCUAAAAUUGGACGUAUUACCUCCCUAGUCACAGCUACUUUUUGCAUUACAUAUAAUUUGUUUUAUUUGCGUUGCAAUCCGACGAAGAAUUUCCAGAAUUAUGUAUGCGCUCGAGAGUAUUUUUUAGCAGACAGACCCCAAUUUAUUUUCUAAAUCGUUGAUUAUAAGAAUUAUUUUUUUUAAACAUGUUGGAAUUGAUUUUAUUUACUAAAAAUUGUCUUAAAAAUUAUAAGAAAACUUUUGUAUUAAAAGAUAGCAUAAAUUUAUGUCCCUUUACUCAAAGCAGCAGAAUUAUGCUUUCCAUCUCGUAGAAAGUUAAAUGUUUUUCAAUAAAAUUUUAUUUUAAAUCUUUCCUCCCCCCUCUCUUUCUCUCUCUCUCUCUAAUAUGUAUACACACCGGGAAAUAAAGUGGGGUUUACUGCAACUGCUGUAUAUAUAGAGUGUUUUAAACACUUUUCCGACUAUUUUUUAUGAGAUUAUUUGGCUAAUUUAAAGUGAAUUUUUUCUUAAUGGAGAUUUUGUAACAUCGAUAGUUUUACGUUAAGUGACUAAUGAUUUAAAAACGUUUAUAUAUUAAGUUUUAGCAAUGCAAAAUGGAUAAUUAAAAAAAGAUAUUUAUAAUUGAGUAUUCAAACAUUUAAAUUUAAAGUUCAUGAAAUGAUGACAUUCAAUUAAAUUUUUGUUAGAAAAAUGAGGAUUUUAAUUUGAUUAAAAAACACACCAAUAUCAGUAUAACUCAAAAAUUCUUGAAACGUAUCAAAAAUUAAAUUUGAAAAAGAACUUACUUUUCUUGUGCACAACGUAGUCUUUUCACCAAUUAAUGUAUGCUGUAUAAUGCUUAUAUCGCUGUACAAUGCUUAUACAUCGAAGUAUAUCAUUUUUGUGAAAAGUUUGUUUGGAAAGCUUUAUAACUAUAUUAUAUAGAAACAAGAACAGAAAUUCCAGGACACCCUGUAUACGUACAUGUAUUAAAUUAGGACGAAUCAUAUAGAGAUAUAGAGUUUAUAUCAUUAUCUAUCUUGACUAGUGCUGCCAAUACGGAUAUAUAUAUUUAGAUGUUUCAGAUACUUUACUUAAUUGUCCGGACAUUUCUUGACAUAAAUCGAAGAGCGAUUAUAGCGUUUGCAAAUAUGCCAUUGAAAAUGUUACUCAGCUAAAUUGUACUGAUUCUUAAUAAGUUAAUUAUAUUGAUUCUUAUUGGGUUGAACCAAAAGUUUGUUUGGAUUUUGUUUAGAUUCAUUGAUGAGCAUUGAUCCUAAUAUUCUGAAACACUUUGUAUACCUAUAUACGUAUAUCCAUACUUUUGUAAUAUUUGGUCUACGGAAUACGUUGUGAGGAAGAAAAGACAUUUGUACACGGUACAAUUGCCGGGAACAGAAAGAGCAUUAUAUUCGUGCUUUUAUCAUACAUAAGUGUAGCACCUAAAAUAACUAAUUGAUCUUCCUGAUAGAGAGUAUGAGCGGUGCAGUGCGUAAUUCAAAUAAACUAAAAAGUACAUUUUCAUUCCCUAGCACAUACCUAUAUCCACAUUUCCAUAUACAAUGUUUAUUUAAGGAAUGAUUAUUAUUUUUUUCCAUCUCUAUGUUGCGUACGUAAGUUUCCUUAGGUUGUAUAAAAAUUUGAAACAGAGGAUUUUAUUACAUAUCUUACACCGCGUGAUGUUUCAUUAAUUUUAAUAACUUGUAUAUCCAUAUACUUAGCUUUGACAUUUCUUUUCUUUUAAAUUUCUGAUAACAAUUUCUUGUGUUUGAAUCAUUUUCCAACAGCUUUGAGUCAUUCAUUGACAGAAUUAAAAUAAUCCGAACAAACUUUAUUCUACCCGAUAAUAUUUAUGCGAUUUUAUUGUACAAAUUAGAUUUACGGAUUAUCAUAAGAUAUACAUAAAUAAUCUAAAAAUUUUGAUAACAGUAUUUAUCUAAUUACCCAAGAAACAUUCAAAUUGGUUAUUUGAAUUCUUUGACUUCUUUUCACAAAAGAUGCAACAUAUAUUCAAGAUUGUUGAAUAUUUAAAAAACCAUUUUUUUAUUAGGAUAUUAUUUAUGAUUCUUUUGACAUCGAUAAAAUAUAUAUCGAUAUAAAUAUAAUUUACGCAGAUUGCGCUUAUCAAUAUACUCGGAUAUGGAAAAAAAUUAGGUUUAUAUUACUGGCAGCACUAAUCUAGACAUAUGACGCACGACUAUGUGAGCCGUGGUAUUAUACCACCGAUUUACUUUAAAUUCGUUUAGUCUUAAUAGUGAUAAUCUAUGAAAAAAAAAAA